AUGUCGCCCACGACGACGCGGCGAAGCGGACGCCUCAGCGCUCGCGUUGACGCCGAGACGUCCGCGGCGACGGAUUCUGGGACGCAGAGCGCUCGAAAGCGCGCGCGAUCGCCAGCAAAAGACGUCGCACAUAGCACAGCUCGGUCACGACCGCGCAGCACGCGUCGAGCGAGCGCGGAUGCGGGAGAGGGCAGUGCUUCGAGGGCGACGCGCGCGCUUCCGACGACUUCGCGCUCGGCGGCGAAGAAGACAGAGGCAACGCAAAGAAACGACGUCGCUCACUCGUCGGGAGACGAUCGGCACAUGGAUGAUGAGAUGGAGAUCGUUCGAGGCGGGACCGCAAUGGUGAACGCAUACGAGGCGACGAACAUGGUGAAGUCGACUCUCGUCGCCGAGUUUGAAAGACGAGGUGACAAAUUGAUCGAGUUCGAGCGCGAAGUGCGAGCGCUGAGGGAGAAAACGGAGCGAGCCGAGUCGCUUCUCUCGGCAACAACGGCUGAGGUGAACGCUCUGCGCGAGAUGAAGUCCGAGCACGAAAAGAUCAAGGAUCGGAUGCGAAGCGAAAUCGCCGAAGAACGUCAGGCUAACAUGUUGGCUCUCGAGCGCGAGAUUGAUCGCGCGUGCGAGGCAGAAUCGCAGGCUAAGGCGCUCGCGUCGGACUUGUCCAAGCUCAAAGAUGAACACAAACAGUUACGGUCGAGCGCCGAGCGCGAGAGACUGCAGGAAGAUUCAUCGGAUGAAGACGUCGCGGAUUUCUCAGAACGAGCCGCUGAGUUUGAGUGCGCCGCCGCCGAGCAGAGAGACGAAAUAUCAAGCCUCAAGAGCGAAAACGCCGAGAUGAAGAUGAAACUGGGUCGAAUCGAGGCGCAAUGCGAGGCGGAGACGACGCGAGCGAACCAAGCUGAGGAGGCGCUCCGUGAGUGCGAAGCUUUGGUCGCUCAGGCGGAGGCGGCGGUGCUUGAUAUGAGAAAACAAAUGGACGAAGAGAAGAGCGGCGGUGAUGCGCGGGAUUCGUCAUCUGAGAUGGAAGAGUUACGAUUUACGAAUAAAGCCUUGCAAGAAGAGCUCAGGAUCGCUUCUCGAGAGGCGGAUGAGGUGAAGACGUUACGGCGCAAGGCGGAGUUUGCCGCGACGUGCGAAGAGCGCGCGAUGGCCGCCGAGGCCCGCGCACUUCGAGCCGAAGCGAGCGUGAUCGACACGUCGUCCAUGCAAGCGAGAUUAGCGAAACUGGAGUACCUCGAAAGUGAUUGGGUUGCCGUCAUCGAUCGCGUCUCAGGUAGUGUCAAGGUGCCAUCCGAUCUCGUUGAGCGUGUCAUCGCGCUCGAGACUCGCCUCACAACGCAAGCUGGCGAUCAAGGAAAGAUGAUGUCUGAUCUCGCGGAGGCGCAGAUGAACGAGGCUGCUGCGACGCGUCGCGCCGCGGAGGCUGAAGAAAAGCAUCGAAAAGCCGAGGCGAGCUCCUCGAGCGCGGUUGAAGCGCUCGCGUGCGCCGAACGUCAAAUCUCUGUCAUGAAUAGGGAGCUGGAGAGUUUGAACAAGAUUGUCAAGUCUUACGAAGACGAGAUGAACGCCGCGGCGGCAAAGAAGAGCACGGAGAAACAUCAGAGUAAACUGGAGAUGGAGCGAGCGACUGAAGAGCUCGAGAAGUCGCUCGCAGCUGCGCAGAAGAAAAUAGCCGCGCUUGAGGAUGACGUGAAGCAAGCCGAGGCGAAAGCGGAGGCUGCCGCCGCUUCUGCCACCGCAGCUCCGACGCAAACGCCAGAUACGGACGAGAUCAUCGAAGCGCUAGAACGUGAGCGUGACGAUCUCGCGCGAAAGUUGAGCUCGCGAGACUUUGACCCGAAAGACGUCAAGGUGCUUCACUUCAAGAACAAUCCUGUCGCCGCCGCGAGGCAGAGCGCUUUGGAAAAGGAGUUGGACUUGCUGCGAAGCGAGGUCGAUGGACUGCGUAAAGCGAUGUCUAAAAUGCAAGAUGGAUCUGCCACGUCUGCGAGCGACGCCGAUGCGACCGUCUGGAAGAGUAAAUGUGAAAACUUGGAGAAGCGCGAGCAACGCCUCAUGACGUCUUUCAGCCGCGCGUCAAACAACUUCCGCAAGGCGUGUCACAAAAUUUUCGGUUACAAGAUCGAAAUGAAGGACGAAAAUGACGGUGCUGUGACGUUUACCCUCCUCUCCGACUACGCCGAGAAACCGACGGAUGCGUUUGUCUUCACGUACAACGAAAAAACGAUCGCUGUUUCACUCAAAUCCAACGCCUUUGUCGAGGCGCCGGACAUCAAGCGUUCCGUCGAUACCUUCGUCACGCGUCUCAACUCCAUCCCGGCCCUGGUCGCCAACCACACUAUCGAUACCUUUAACCGUGUCGACGCCGACGUCGAUAUUAUCGACGCCGACGUCUCGUAG